GAGUGGCGGCGGCGAGGCGGCGGUGGCGGGGCGGGGCAGGGGCUCCGCGGGGCUCUGUAGGAUGCCGAUGCCCCGCACACCCAUCAUGGAUCUGCUGCUGGUGGUCAACACGAGCCUAGGCUCCCCCAACGAGUCCCUGGCGCUGCCCCCCUCCUCGCCGUCCUCCUCUGCCCUCCUUCAGCCGCCCUCCCCGUACUCCCCGGCGGCCGUGGCCAGCCUGGCAGCUGUGGUGGGCUUCCUCAUCGUCUUUACCAUCGUGGGCAACGUGCUGGUGGUGAUAGCUGUGCUCACCAGCCGGGCGCUGAGAGCCCCCCAGAACCUCUUCCUGGUGUCCCUGGCCAGCGCGGACAUCCUGGUGGCUACCUUGGUCAUGCCUUUCUCUCUAGCCAACGAGCUUAUGAAUUACUGGUACUUCGGCAAGGCUUGGUGCAACAUUUACCUGGCGCUGGAUGUGCUCUUCUGCACCUCCUCCAUCGUCCACCUGUGUGCCAUCAGCCUGGACAGGUAUUGGUCGGUCACACAGGCAGUGGAGUACAACCUCAAACGGACCCCUCGACGGAUCAAGGCCAUCAUCCUCACUGUCUGGCUCAUUUCAGCUGUCAUCUCCUUCCCACCAUUGAUCUCUGUCUACCGGGACCCUGAAGGAGACGUCUUUCCCCAGUGCAAGCUCAAUGAUGAGACAUGGUACAUCCUUUCUUCUUGUAUUGGCUCUUUCUUUGCCCCCUGCCUCAUCAUGGUGUUGGUCUAUAUCCGCAUCUACCGUGUGGCCAAACUAAGGACCAGGACCCUUUCUGAGAAGCGUACGAUGCCAGAGGGGUCCUCUCAGACUGAGAAUGGCCUGAGCCGCACUGCUGGCGGCUGCAUGUCCCUGAGGAUGCCUCUGGGAGAGAAUGGACAUUACUCGGUGCACCACUGGCGCAAAGCCUCGGAGCUGGAGGACAUUGAGCUGGAGGAGAGCAGCACCUCAGAGAGCAGGCGGAGGCGGAGCCGAGAGGAGCAUCCCCGCAAGAGCAGCAAGAGCCAGUCCUUCUCCUACUCGUUCUCCUCCAAGCACUCCAGCAGCCGCCUGUCCCGCUCCAGCAGUCGCUCCAUGCAGUUCUUCUCCUACCGUCGGCGCCGGAAGCGUAGCAGCAUCUGCCGUAAGAAAGUUGCCCAGGCCCGGGAGAAACGGUUCACUUUUGUGCUGGCUGUGGUCAUGGGGGUCUUUGUAGUUUGCUGGUUCCCUUUCUUCUUCAGCUACAGCCUCUAUGGUAUUUGCCGGGAGGCAUGUGAGGUCCCCAAGACUCUGUUCAAGUUCUUCUUCUGGAUUGGGUAUUGCAAUAGCUCCCUCAACCCAGUCAUCUACACCAUCUUCAACCAGGACUUCCGCAGGUCCUUUAAACACAUUCUGUUUAAGAAGAAGAAGAAGAACUUCCGGCAUUGAGCUGGAGGGAUGGAUUUGACUUGAGUGGCAGUGUUUUUAAUAGAGAAGGAGAAGGCUCUAUGCUGAAAAGGAAGGGAGGGAAGAGAACGUGGGGUUUGGGCUUAGAGAGAGGGAAGAGGGCUCGCCCCUGUGGUGGAGGCAGGGUGAUACUGUGGGGUAUGGGUUAACGUUGGAGAGGCUGAGAGCAUUGCCCCUGGUACAGGGUGGUGACAUGGUGCUGGAGGAGCAGUGCUGGAGCAUGGAGGGUAAGCAAGGAGGGGAGUGAUUGUCUUUGAACCCUGAUGAUGGGCAUGGGGAGUCCACAGAGGAUGAUAAGGUGAAACGGAGUUUGGGAGGCAAUGAGCUUUUGAUGGGCUCUGAAUUUUGUGGGAAAGCAAGCAGAGACAUCAAGAGGAAAGGAUUAAGUGGCAGUGGUGGUGGAGGUUUGAGUAUCUAUGAAUAGGGCUGCUGGGGCCCGUGGUGGGCUCGUCCCAGUAAGAAAUCUGCUUUUCCUGCUUCUGUGGAGAAAGAAAGUGCAAAGUACCAGGUACUCAAAGUGUUCCGAGUUACGAAAGGAUUUAAAUGUUUGCCAAAACCUCCCCCUAAGGAACAAUCCAAACUCUUUUCUAAAUAAACCUUUGUACUGUUAAAA